UGGUAAGUACUACUUAGGAUAAGUUCUGUCACCUAACAUCUGUCAACUGUCAAAUCUGUCACUUACUAACAAUAAGCUAAGUUUAGUUCAGGCAUGCUAAUUUUUCACGAUGCACCCAGCUUUUUGUGAAUGAAUUUGAAAGGAAAACACGUGUCGAAAAACGUAAACAAAUGAGUUCACUCAAGCACACUCACACUAAGCUGGGAAUGCAACUCGCAAAAAGAUUUGCAUCGGUUUGCGUGACAAGCGUUAGUGAGAGAAAGCAACUUGUUUUGAUUGAAUAAUUCUGCAAUGAUGCGUUCGACGAAAACUUCUCCAGCUCCAACCACAAUUGACGCUCUUCCCAGCGAGAUAUUGCGUAGGAUUUUUCGAAAUCUACUCUUUCGAGAUCGCAAAACGGCAUCGCGAGUUUGUCACCAAUGGUAUGAAAUCGCAAUGGAUUGCAACAGUAUCGCGUUUCAUGUGCGGCUUUACGAUACUAAGAAUACUUACACUAUCAGUGAGAUUAUGAACUGCAAACGACCGUACAAAUUCCUUCGGGUCUCUUACAAUAUGUUGCCAUCACGAAUAUUGAAUAAAUUCUCCAAUUUCGCGGAAACUUUGAGGAUAUCCUCCAUGAACGCAUACAUGGCAUCGGAAGAACAAAAUUUCUUGGGACAACUGUAUCGAUUGAAAAAUCUUAAGCGCCUAAUCCUCGAUUGUACCUUUGUUCCCGACAACUUACAAACUAACAAACACACCUGCAAUAAUCUGCGAGAAUUAAUUGCUUACGAAGUCUCAUUUGCGAAUUUUGUAAACUUCAACGACUUCAUUGCUGCAGCAUUCCCCGAACUCACCAAAUUGGUUCUUACCGAAUGCGACUUUGAUGUCCCGCUAAGAUUUUCGAACCUGCCAGCUUUAAAACAACUGGUGAUUGAAUGUGGAACCCCAUUCGACUGCACCCUGCUGAAAGACCUCGGAUCGCUUCCGAACCUUCACGCUUUCAAACUGAGCUGCUCGCAGCUCGACGGGAUCGAGCAGCGCUUCCAGCUGCAUCACAUCACGAAACUUGAUCUGACAGUUCGCGUGGGUGACUGUCAGCUGGUGCGAAUGGCGGAGAUAUUUCCAGCGCUGACCAGUUUGAAUGUGGCGGCUCGGGAAGAAUAUUUAAGCGCGGACGUUGAAGGGAGGGUUGUGGAAAAGUUGCCACGAAAUUGUGAGUUGAAGUUGCGAAAGUUGUCUGAUUUUGUAACGGACUUUACUAUCUCUGGUUUUAAUUACUUUGAGUGAGACUGUUUAACAUUAUCUGUUAGUUUUAAAGCAGCUUCCUGAAUAGAUUAACAAGAAACAAUAAAACUUCCUUUUAUA